AUGCCUGAUCCCCUCAGCCUCAUUUCCAGCAAGCGCUUCCACUCCCGCGUCAUUCUCAAUACAGCAUAUGGCCCGCUCACCGUCACAUUCGCCGACAUUGGCUGCCCCACGGGCCCCGCCCUGCUCUUCCUGCCCGGUAUGUUCGCGUCGCGCUAUCUAGGCAUCCCUAUGCACGUAAUGGCAGAGCGCGCUGGUGUGCGCCUCCUCGUUGUCGACCGGCCGGGCAUGGGCGCGUCGACCGAUGUCCCACUCACCCAGCGCAUCGCCGUCUGGGUCGAUAUGCUGCCACGCCUGCUGGCCCAUCUCGGGGUUCCCCGCGUCAGCCUUGUCGCGCACAGCGCCGGCACGAUUUACCUGCUCAAUACCUGGGCGCACUGCCGUGAGGUUGUGAGCCCAUUCAUCGCUCUACUAG